AUGCUUGGCCAAGAGACAAAAGUAGUUAUACAAAUCAAGAAAAUAUAGUAUCUUAAAAAGGCUAAAUCAUUAGGGUUGUUACAAAAUGCAAUCAAGCUUUAUUUAGAAGAUUAAAAGAAAUAUUUCUUCAAACGAAUAAAAAGAAGAGAUCAAACAUUUGAUAUGAUCCAAAGGCUAUGGUAUGUGGAAUCUCCAUAUGCGAAGAAUUCAUCACUCAAAAACACUUUCAACUUUCAACCAGAAUCACUUCAUAGGAACGACAUUGAUGAAGAGGAUGAAUUAAGUGACGAUCCUGUAGUAAAAUUUUACGAUGCUGAGCAAUUUACAAAGAGAAGAUCAAUGUCGAUUGAUGAAAGCAUGAGAUUGACGAAUCUGUUACCAGGGUAAAAAACCGAAGAACAAUAAUUAAACUUGCUGAAUGUUAAAUCUAAUGGCAAAAAAGCUUAUAUGGGUUCAUUUGACCCUAGAACCAUCAGACUAGAUACUAAUUAUUUCAGGAGCACCAUAUCUAAAAAUCCACAGACUAGUGGAAGAGAACUUUUUGCUAUAAAUUCACCAUAAAAAUAAGCUGAUCCUCAAUCUAUGUUAAUCCCAGUUUAACCGAAAAUCUAGCGUAUAAUAACUGAUAAAGAAUUAGAUAACCAUUUGAGUACCUUUAUGCCACCAUUAGGUCAUUAAGAACUUGGCAGAGCAUGUCUUAAUAUAUCAGUUAAAGAGUUUUAUGAUUAUUUCAUUAGAGAUAAUGCUUAAUUUGCAUUCGAUAUUUAUUUCAUUGCAAGAGGCGAGAAAAAAAUAAAUAACUAAGAAUGGAAUAGUACUAUUGAUGAUAAUUUCAAAAAUUCUUUUGGCUUAAAGCCUCUUCUGCAUAAAAUUCUGUUUGUAGAGAUGCAGAUGAAAGAUAAUACCUUUGUCAAGGUAUCCCCAACAACAAAGAACUAUCUUUUACUUUAAAAGGAAGAUAAUAUGCUGAAUUUGAGAAUAUUUAACUAAAUGAAAGAUGUACCUUAUUGUGAUUAUUUCAACACAGAAGAGAACUGGAUCAUCACCUCUCCGAAUUCUGAAGAUAAUAGUAGAUGUGUGAUAAGAUCAACAUUCUAGGUUGUAUUCAAAAAAUCUACUAUGUUCAAAGGAAGAAUAGAGAGCAAUGCAACUCUAGCAACCAAAACCAAUUUCACUCAUUAUUGCAGCUGGGUAUAAGAGAAAAUUAAGGCAAUUAACAUAAGCAAAAAUGUCAAGCAGGUAUCAAAUGAAAUUAACGAAAUUUAGAAUUAGGAAUCACUUUAUCAUACUGUGGAAGAUAUGAAGAUCAAGAUCUAUUGA